AUGGCGGAACCCUUUGUCGAUGGCUGGAGGGCAUACAAGAACCCAAGGCUUCAGAGGCAGCAUAUAACUACUUUUUAUACCAGGAAUAUAAUGAAAACCAUGGGACUGUACACGAAUUCCGAGGAGCGUAGAGACCCUAAGAAAGUGGCCUGGCAUUAUUUUAUAUACUUUCAGUGCCUAUUUAGCUAUGGUUCUUUGAUUACUGGAGUACUUGAAUCCAUGGGAGAUCUGGUGAAUCUGGGACGUGAUCUGGUUUUUGCCAUAACGUUCCUAUUUAUCAUACUCAGAAUAGUCUUUUUCGGCUUCUAUGCCGAUGACUUUGAUGAGGUAAUUGUUGCCCUAGAUGAAUUCUAUCGCAGGGAACCCAUCAGUUCUGCAGUUGAGGAAGUAAAAGCCACAAAGAGAUUUCACUUUCUGGCGCUUUCAGUCAUACUAACGCUCUGGAGCAGUUUCAUUGUGGCUUUUUGUGUGAUAAAGAUAUCGACGCCUUUUUGGAUGGAGUCGCAGAUACUACCAUUCCAUGUGGUCUGGCCCUAUCAGCUGGACGAUCCCUCGAAGCAUCUGAUUUGUCAUGUGAUUAUAUAUUUUCACCAAGCCACUAUCUUUACGUAUCUGAUGGUUUGGCUGUGCUUUGAGGAGAACAUGGCGGCGUCUAUAUUUUUUGAGAUGACAACUGCCUUGAAAGUACUCGGAAUAGAACUCAGGAGUCUCCAGGAGUUUUGUAAGGGUGAUGAUGUGCUGCUGGCCAGGGAACUGAAACGUUUGACACAGCUUCAUCAGAGUAUUAUUCAUCUCUCCGAUCGCUUGAAUCACAUUUUCAGUAGUACCUUCAUAGCGCAAAUAAUUGUGAAUUUUCUGCUAGUCUCUCUGUCGGCCUUUGAGGUCUUGGUGGCCAGGAAGAACCCCAAGGUGGUUGUGGAGUACCUUACUAUAAUUUGUAUGACACUGGGACACCUCUCCUAUUGGUCGAAAUUCGGGGAUAUGUUGUCAGAGGAAUCCAUGGAGGUGGCCAACGCAGCCUACGAGGCCUACGAUCCGCGGUUUGGCACAAAGGCGACUCAUCGGGAUAUUGGUUUGCUCAUCAUGAGAGCCCAAACGCCGUUGAUUAUCAGAGGAAGACCUUUUCCACCAUUUAAUAUGGAGAAUUACAUGUCUAUACUAAAUCAAUGCUACUCCAUUUUGACUCUGCUGAUGAACACUUUGGAGUAG